AUGGUGCACCCUGCACCAGCUUCGACGGCAACUUCUACCGCCGCGCUUCCGGCGCCGACAGCGUCUCAGACUGAGGAGGAGGACGAUGACGCCACGAUCCGGGAGGUCCUCUACGGCUACGCCGACCUCUUGAUCGUUGGAUGCCGCCACUACAGAGGCGUAGCUCAUCUUGGCGAGUUCGUCGACCUCGUUAGGGAGCCGAACAACCCCUACGACCGUAAUGCCAUCCGGGUGGACAACCUCACUCGCCAGCAGGUGGGACACAUCAAAGCGACGCAGGCUUGCAUCCUGUCCCCGAUUCUCGACGACCGCACCAACGGGGCCCCGCGCGUGGAAGCCAGCGUCUCCGUCGGGGGUACGCGGGUGUACGAUCUCCCCAUCCGGGCGAACGUCUUCGGCCCUCCGGAACGUGCUUCGGCGACGAUCGCGGCUCUUGGGCGCCUGUACCUCAAGGGCGGCAUGACCGGCAGACACGGCUCCGCACCCGGGGGGGGCAGCGGGGCGUCGGGCUCGUACAAAGGACACGCCGUGGCGGUGCAAACGGCCAUCUCCAACCCCGUCAAGACACAGCGGGAGCUCGACGAGAUGUUCGACAAGCUUGACGCGGACUCGCCGCAACUCCCGACGGCGAACACCUCGGCCAACACCGAGCCGGUGCUCUUGGCCAGUCUCAUGACCCACCAGAAGGAGGGGCUCGCUUGGAUGGUGCAAAGGGAGAACAACCCAGACCCGAACGGGGCUCGCUUGGAUGAUGGAAAGAAGAACAACCCGGACUCGAACGGAAAGGGAUGUCAAUCUCACUCUUCAGGCCUUCCACCCUUCUGGGAACAGCGCGUCGAGGGCGGAAAAGGCGUCUUCCACAACACCAUCACCUGCUCCUCGCAGCCUUGCAGGCCUGCCUCGGUGCAUGGAGGCAUUCUCAGCGAUGACAUGGGGCUGGGCAAGACCCUCCAAGUGAUCUCGCUCAUCCUCGCGCAGCCCCCCGCGGGGACGGACUACGUGAAGAAAGUGCUGGCCGUGGAGGCGAACAAGAGGCUAAAGGAGGCUCUGGACCGCGGCGAGACGCCGCCUCCGCAGGAGAAGGAAUUAACCCCUCAGCAGAAGCAGGAGGCUGUAGCCAAGAAGUACAAGAAGCUGAAGAAGGCUGAUCUCGAGAGGGAGCUGGCUGCCAAGGGACUGGACACGAAGGGCAACAAGAACGACCUAGUGGGUCGGCUGUCCACGCACGAGGCCGGCCUGACCCCCGUGGACCCCAGCGUGAAGCUAGGCACCCUGGUAGUCUGCCCAAUGUCGGUCAUCCACAACUGGGAGACUCAGUUCGCGGAGCACGUUAAGGAGGGCGCGCUCGACGUGUACGCCUACCACGGGGGGAACAGGAACCAAGACCCCACCUUUCUGGCGACCAAAGAUGUGGUAAUCACCACGUACGACACGCUUGCCAGCGACUUCUCCGCCAGCGGAGGACAGAAAGCUUUGGAGGAGGACGUCACCGCCGCGGUGGGCGGGAAGCCCAAGCGGCGGCACGGCGUGGGGGGGUUAGGGGGGAACCGCGUCGUCCUGGACGAGGCUCACCCCUUCAGGAACAACAAGACCAACAAGCACAAGGCGUGCCUGGCGCUGUCGUCGCGUUACCGGUGGUGCUUGACCGGCACUCCUCUCAUCAACAAGCCCGAGGACAUCGGUGCUCUCUUCUCCUUCUUGCACCUCGCUCCCGCUUCGAACCCGAGAGUCUUCCUGCAGGCUAUCGGGCGGCCCAUCCGAUCGGGCAGCGACGCCGGCCUGGCUCGCCUGAGGGUUCUCAUGAAGAGCGUCUGCCUGCGGAGGACGAAAUCUGUGCUCAGCGGCAAGCUUCCCCCCAAGGUGGUGGAGAUCCACCGCGUCCAGAUGGACGACGGCCACCGCGAGGCCUACAACACUCUGUUCAACAGCGCCAGGGCCGCCUUCAAAGCCGCUCUCGCCGAUGGAGAAGCAGAGGUGAUGUCCCAGUACGCCAGCGUCCUCGAGUGCCUGCUCCGGCUGCGUCAGGUGUGCUGCGCGGAGAGCCUCGUCCCUUCGGGCAGGCUCGAGACGGCGAGGAAGGUGCUCAAUCAGCUCGCCAAGGAAGGGCCCAAGCUCGGCAAGGAGGAAGCGACGAAGCUGUUCGCCAAGCUCAAGGGCCUUCUCGAGCAGGAUGAGGGGGCCGAGUGCGCCAUUUGCCUGGAGCUUGUUGGCCACGCCGAUGCCCGCGUGCUGCGCCGGUGCGGCCAUGGUUUCUGCAGCAAGUGUCUGGGAGCAAUGGUGAAGGCAGGUCCGCCGGUGGCGGGCGGCAACAGGAACAAGUGCCCGCUGUGCCGCUUGGAGUUCUCCCAGGAAGAUGUGGUCAGCGGCGCUGAGCUCGAGAAGGCCGGAGGAGCCAGCCAGGCCGCGGGUGGGGAAGAGGUGGCGGCAAGCGCCGUCGCGGCGGCGGCGGCGGCGGCGGCAGCGGUGCCGGGGGCGACGGUGGUGGAGGGCAAGGGGGGGGGGCGUGUGCCUCCGCCGAAGGUCGCCGCGCUGCUGCAGAGCCUCCACGAGCUGCGUCGCUCAGGCAACGGUGACAAGGCCGUCGUCUUCUCUCAGUUCACCUCUUUCCUCGACGUAAUCCAGCCCUUCCUUUUGGCUGACGGCUUCCGGCUCGCUCGCCUUGACGGAAGCAUGACCAACAAGCAGCGCCAGGCGGAGCUGAAGCGCUUCGCGGGCAAGGGUGGCGACGGUGCAGAGGUCAUGCUGGCCAGCCUGAUGGCGGCGGGCACCGGAAUCAACCUCACCUCAGCCAACCACUGCUUCAUCGCAGAUCCGUGGUGGAACGCGAGCGUGGAGAGCCAGGCCAUGGACCGCGUGCACCGUAUCGGCCAGACGAAGCCCGUCCGUGUGGUGAGGAUGGUAUCGGCAGACUCGGUGGAAGACCGCAUCCUGGAGAUUCAGGAGGCCAAGGAAGCCCUCGGGAAGGGGGCUCUGCGGAAGCUCAAGCCGGACGAGGUCCGCAAGGCGAGGAUGACCGAUCUACGCACCAUUUUCGAGUGCAAGACGGAGCACGCGAUUGAAGCCUAGGCUAGGCUAAGCUGAGGCUGGACCGGGCGCAGUCAAUCCUUGCUGCCUCCGCCGGAAUUACGACAAGCACGAAGUUUUCUCACGGUUGGGGUUGACGGUGGGGAGGGGGGGGGGGCAGAGAGCGGGUGUUAUUCGCGAAUCACCACCGACGCGUUUGUUUACGAUCAAUUUUGGUGAGUUCGGUCUGAGUGUCCUGACUGGUCCAUCUCAUGAGCGGCCGAAAGGGGGGUAUAUCCACUAGUGAAGAAUCCGCCUUACGUGCCCCCCCUCCUGCUGUUGCAUACGGGAACUUCAUGUCUCUUCUUUUUUCUCCAUCUCUUCUGUGUCUUCGUUUUUUUCUGUUUGCCCCAUUUUACCGUUGCGGAAGCUUCUACCGACACCCCAUGUACCUUUCAAUGACCCUGUAGGAUACAUGUCACUCACAGUUGUAGUUCCAUGUACCUUUCAAUGACCCUGUAGGGUAUACAUGUCACUCACAGUUGUAGUUCCAUGUACCUUUCAAUGACCCUGUAGGAUACAUGUCACUCACAGUUGUAGUUCCAUGUACCUUUCAAUGACCCUGUAGGAUACGUGUCACUCACAGUUGUAGUUCCAUGUACCUUUCAUUGACCCUGUAGGAUAUACAUGUCACUCACAGUUGUAGUUCCAUGUACUUCCUGGAGUAUUCCUUUGAUGGCCGAGGAAAUAUUCCAGCUCAAAUACUCGCCAUGCACCAAUGGUUCUCGUUGUUGUUCCUGAUACUAUUUCUUCGGGCCCAAAUUCUGGCAAGAGGCCGGUCUCAAUCGCCAUGGUGAUGUUGGUUGACAGUCUCGUUUCCCGAUUUGAUGCUUGAUUUCCUGGUAAAUCUACGGUCUUGUCAGACCAAAUGUAUUUUUGGCACAUUGGCGGGACAGGUGUACAUGUUUUCUUCUGGCGAUCAAGGCGGGACUCCUCAGCAAACACGCCUCCCCCGUAGGACAAAGUUGUUCGAUCGUUUUCGUAUACUUAAGUACAGUGGCUGCCGGUAGGUCAGAUAGGCGAGGGGGGGUCGUGUACUUUAUGGUCGUGCGGGUGACACUUUUUCAGUUUUUCGGCCGUCGACUUUCACGUUGCAUGUCUUGAUGUUUUGAGAGUAAAAAGGGAAGCGGCGGUGGGAUGAUGUUGAUUUGUAAUUUCGACCA